CAGAGCCACCAGAUCUCGAUGCAAAAUUGGCCGCAUGUAUUAUGGACAGCCCUUGCUGUUGCCGACUCCAUAACAUGAUUGGGUGACAACUUUGCAUCACAUUAGCUGUCAAUAAAUUGACUUAAUGAGGACAAAUACUUCUUGUACAGGCUCCAAUUCUUUUUCCUGUUAAAUUGGAAGCAGUGAAAUACACAGAACAGUGGCUACAAAAGUCUUUGGUGGGAAACUUUCUGAAACUGUACUGUGGAACAACAACUUCUAUUUUAGAUGUUACUUCAUGUACUUGUACAAAGUUUAGUUUUCGGUGUACUUUUUGAGAGGCAAACCCCUUGCUGCUGAACAAACCUGCAGGUAUCCUGCAGUCAAACUUGUCUUGCUGGAUUUCGUCGUCAUCUGCAAACCAAUCUGUUGUUCAGCUAUCCAUCCAGCGAGCAAAUCCAGCGAACCACUUCUUUGUUCUGCUCUUCAUUCACGGAGCAAACUUCUGCUGUGUUUCUCCACCCCACGUUAUCUGUACAAGACACUGAACUAUCACAUACUAAACACUGCAAGAGGCUGCACACAAGCAGGAAGAUUCUGUGUCAAUCAUGUGGUGGUACUACGCAAAUGUCACCGUCUAUGCCCAAGCUGCAACGUCCCUUGCUCAGCUGGACAUUCUGGUCUGUACCUUCUUCACCUGUGUCUUCCAGAACCACAGCGACAACUGCUCCCUGGCCUAUUCAGCACCCCAGAUGGACCAUCUACUGAUCUGGGAUGAAACGGGACCAUCUCCCUGGGCAGCGAUGAAUGAAUCCUUUGAUGCACCAAGCAAUGAAAGAUACAAACUGUUGAACCACUCAUUGCUAAUCCUUGCUUUUAAGAAUCCGGCAGAGGCUGACCAGUUUGUGUUUUCCAGUACUCAGACUGUGUUGUAUGGUUUUGUCCUGCCUGUCCUUAAACUAUUAGGGAUCCUAUCCAUUCUGUCUUUUUUCUUUACCCUUUGCAGAGUUGCCUCCAUGCGGAAUAUCACUAAUUUCUAUCUGACUAAUUUGGCUGUUGCAGAUUUGAUGGUCUUGAUUUCAGAGUCCACUUAUCAGCAAUGUGUGGCUUUGACAACACAAUCUGAAUUGGAUGCAUCAUAUUUGGGGAACUCAGCCCAAGCAGUUUUUAUUCUCUUAACGUACACAUGCGAUGUUGGUGUGAUUUCAUCUAUAGCCUUUGUAACAAUGCUGUCUUAUGGUAGAUAUUUUGCCAUUUGUUACCCUUUCCAACACCGUAAUCUCAAUCUGAAGCGACGGGCUAUACGGGCAGCAGUUUGCAUAUGGUUUCUGUCUUUUUCCGUGAAUUUGAUCGUUUUCUUUAAUCAGUUUCUGGGCUUUAAUGUACCACCAAUGAAAUGUCUUGUUUGGCCAACUGAAGAAAAGUAUAAACAUCUAUCAGGUAAUGGGCAUAUGUUUUUUAAUGAUGACGAAACUUUGAAUCUGGUUGUAAGUUACAUGUUUUUCUGUGUAUUCAUGUUGAGUUUGAUCCUCACAGUCACUUUCAAUAUCCUCCUUAUUAAGGGACUGCAUGCACCAAAUCCAACCGAUGAUCAGAUCCGAGGUCCGUCAAAACAUCUACGAAAAGUUACUCUAAUACUAGGCAUCAACACAGCCGUGGUAUUUGUCUGUUCUCUGCCCCAAGCUAUAUAUGCCCUCAUUGCAAUUUUAGUGCGAAGCAGGGAAGAAGUGAAUGUAAAUGAUGAUGUGAAAUGGAAGUUGGAUGUGUUGAUUGCUUGCCUCAGAGUCUUGAACUCUUCCAUUAAUUCAGUCAUAUUCAAUGCUGGAAGUGGAAGGUACAGGAAGGCCUUUAAGCAAGCCUUCUGCUGCAGAAAGAGGCAGCAAGUACCAACGAACAAUAUUCCUCUGCAGACAUUACCGAGAGCAGAUCCUGCAGAUAGAAUCAGAUUGCAGGAUCCAAAGGCCAAACUCCCCUCCUAG